GCAUCGAUCAACAAAUUCUUAGCACAGCCACCUGCAGGACUUGUCAAGAUUAACUUGACGAUGAUCAUCAUGCUUGCCGCAUCCACGGCUACAGUCAUCCUCCGAGGCAGGUUGAGAUGGAAAUGAACUGUGAACAUCCAAUUUGACUAUGAGCUCAAUUACGCUUCGAGCAUCGUAUGUUCCUAUACCCGGGCGCUCUUUUCCUCCAUCUCCCGUCUCCCUCCUCCCCGCAGCGGCGCUCCUCCCGACGCCCUGGCUCCGCAUGCGCGACGACGGAGUCCCGGACGCUCAGACGAUCCUCCAUGAUGUGCGGAUUCACAACGAUCUCUUCCUCGCUGGCAUCGUGGUGUUGUAUUGGGAGCACCUGGUCACAUUCGAGGACGAGGUGAAGUACCUGUGGCAGCGGGCGAGGACGGCGAGCACCUAUGCGUUCUUGCUCAACCGCUACCUCGCGUCGUUCGGCAACCUAGUUGUGUUGGUGUUUCACUUCACACCACUCCCCUCAACGGUGCAAUCCCCAACACGCUGCUGUCGCAUUGACAGCUUCGCUGAACUCGAGCGCAGGUGCAACGGCGCGAACCUGUUUCGUCAGCUGCUUCUCCUUCUCAAUCAGAUCGUGAUCUGUGUCCUGCUUACGCUGAGAAUAUACGCGAUCUACGGUCGGGGGAGCCAUCUGUGGAAAUAUCUUAUCGUGACAGGCCUAUGCUUGCUAGCCAUCUCGGUGUGGGCCGUCAGCGGCAGUCGAGGCACACCUCUUCCGGACGACACUGCGGGUGGCUGCCAUACCGGUGUAUCGGAGAAAGUGGCCGUCCACCUCGUGGUACCCUGGGAGGCGUUAUUCGUCUACGACUGGCUCAUCUUUGCUGCCCUCUUUGCACGAUCUAUCCGAGCCCGGAGGGAAGAGAACGUCCGGCUACAGAUCGCACCAAGGGAUGGAGAGUUUCCGCUGUUCAGUUUGUUGAUCCGUGAUGGUGCGAUAUACUUCGUCGUGAUGGCGCUCACCAAUCUGGCCAACAUUCUGACUUUUUAUUUUACACGAUCUAUCAUUAAGGGAUGUGUAUCCACGCUUGCCAGCUGCCUCUCGGUGACAAUGAUGUCCCGUCUCAUGAUCAACCUCCACAAGGCGGACGCCGUCAAGGGCAUAUUCUCGUCCAAUGCGACGAUCGACCACUGGCGGUAUGGCACGGGCCGGCCGAGCGUGGAACUGGACUCAUCCGUUCCAUGCCGCAUGGUCGAAGCCGCGCAGCCGCAGCUGACAUGGGAUGUCGGGAUUCGCAACGUGCUGCACAUCGUGGGCAUCGUGAUUCUGUACUGGGAUCAUAUCCUCAUGCUUGGGGACGAGAUCCACAUCCUGUGGUUACGCCCUGCGCGGCGGUCCAAGAGCGCGUACUGGUUCUUCGCAAUCCGGUACACUGCGUUCGUCGGGAAUCUACUCAUCACGUUGGGCAUGUUCUACCCGACUGUUUCUCCCGAGGUGCGUCCGCGGUACCUCCCUGUUGUCUGUCUACUUGCUCCGUGCUAUGCGUACCACAUCCUGCACCAGCUCGUGCUCGUGUUCAUGCAGGCGCUCGUAGCCAUGGUCAUGUUCCUCCGCAUCUACGCACUGUACAACCGCUCCCGCCGCGUGCUCGCCGGGCUCAUCGCGGUGUGCAUCCCCCUCGUCGCGCUCAUUGCGUGGUCGCUUGUCGGGCAGAAGACGCGGCCCGCGCCGAUGCUCUCCGGCGGGUGCAAUCUGCUGAUGUCCCGUCGAACGUCAAAUCACGUCGUCGGGGCGUGGUUCGCCCUCUUCAUGUACGACUCGGUGAUCUUCGGGUUGACGAUCUACAAAACGUACUCGACGUGGCGGAGGGCGGGAUCUCCCGAACACCUUCCGAUUCAUGCUCUCAUCUUCCGCGACGGUGAGAUGUUUUGCGUGCUCUAUUUCGGUGCUCUCGCCUUAAUCAACUUCUCCAACAUCAUCACGUUUUACUUGACAAGCUACUUCCAGCCCCUCCUUCGCGGCUCGAUGUCGACCUUCGCCAGCUGCGUCUCGGUGUCACUGAUGGCGCGGCUGAUGCUCAACCUGCACCGCAAGGCCGACGCGGGUGUCUUCGACGGCACGAUCCACCUCAGUCACAUAUCCAUACCCCCCAUCGCUGGCGCAGACGAGCAAGACGCGGCGGGGCAGGACGUGGAGGCGGAUGCCAUCGCACUGGCAAGCGGGCGACGACUGAUGGGGGAAAUCGAGACCCCCACGACGGCGACGUUCGUGCACGAGCCGGCCGUGGUCGAGCAGAGACGGAGUCAGGGGGAUGAUUGGACUGUUUGAAUACCACGGGUGUUGUUUGUAAUGGGUGAUUUUGCAUGUGCAAAUUCGG